UCGGUUGCGCCAUCGAUGUUUACGGGGGCGCUGCGCCUGCGCAUACUCCUCUCUGCGUACUCACGGUGCCGCGCGGCACGUGACGUCACGUUGGCGCUUAAUUUUCAGAAGGAAACGCGCGGAAAAGUGGUCGGAUCUGCGCUCAGUAUAGUGAGGAAGGGGGCAUCACAACGAGAUAAAGAAGUGCCUUAUUCCGACAACAUGCAGCGAAGCAUAGCGUCUUUCUUUCAGCCGAUGAAAGGGAAGGAGAAGGAGGGCAGUAAAAGCGAUGGAGUGGCCAAAGAUAAGACUGAACCAGUCAAGUCACCCCUGAAGCCUCAGAACGGAGUGGCAGAAUGCGAUUCGCCCGUGAAGAAGGUCAGCAAGCGCAGCCGGCGAAUCAUAGACAGCGACGAGGAGCAAGAGGCGGGCACUAAGGAGGAAGUGUCCUCGCCGGGCCCCCGGGAGGAGCCGGCGCCCCUGCCCACUCCCGAAAAGGGGGCAGUAAUCAAGGCAGCUUCCGCUGUCUCCUCGCCGUCUGCUCCGGUUACUCCAUCUACACCAAGUGCCCCAGCUUCUGCAGCCGCAGCAGUCACCCCUGCCUCCUCCAUUUCUCCAGGGACUCCCUCCUCCAUUUCUCCCUCCGGGAUCCUCAAACGGAAGACCGCGAGGAAGCAGUUUCCUAAGAGGAAGCUGGUGACUGAUGUCGUCGGUGAGGAGGACCCUGGUCCAGAUGAACAGGAGGUUAAGAGGUCACGCACAGAGGGACCCCCCGACACUGGUGAACCAGAAGAGAUGGAAGUUGAUAGUAAGAAUGCAGAAGAAAGCAAGGAGUCGGAAGGAGGGAGAGCCACUGUGAAGGAGGAGGAGGAAGGGGAGCCGGAAGGAGAGAGGGCCACUGCGAAGGCGGAGGAUGCAGAGGCCAAGGGAGAAAAGGAGCUGGAGGAGAGGAGUCCGGAGAAGUUGAAGGCCACAGAGAGGUCGGAGAAGCAGGAGGCGAAGGGGGGAGGCGAGACGACGUCGGCCAAGAAGGCGACCAUCAGCAGCUUCUUCACACCUAGGAAGGCAGCGGUGAAGCUGCCGAAGGCAGAGGAUGCUGGGAAGGGACAAGCGGAUAAGCAGAUGGGCGCAGCCAAGCAGACAACAGGAGGGGGCGAGAGUGAGGAGGCCAAGCCACUUAGCCAGACCGACUACAACCCGUCCAGGACCGGCUAUCACCCCGUGCAGCAUGCCUGCUGGGACCGGGGUCAGAGGGUGCCGUACCUGGCCGUGGCCCGUACCUUUGAGAAGAUAGAGGAGGAACAGGGCAGGCUGAGGAACAUCGAGACCCUGUCAAAUCUUCUGCGUUCUGUGCUGGUUCUCUCUCCAGACGACCUGCUCUGCUGCAUCUACCUCUGUCUCAACCAGCUGGGCCCUGCCUACCUGGGGAUGGAGCUGGGAGUUGGGGAGACGGUCCUGAUGAAGGCUGUUGCCCAGGCAACCGGGCGACAGUUGGACAAAAUCAAGGCAGAGGCGCAGGAGAAAGGGGACCUGGGAUUGGUGGCAGAGAGCUCCCGCAGCAACCAGAGAAUGAUGUUUGCCCCGGCCAAUCUGACGGCGGCGGGUGUGUUCAGUAAGCUCAAGGACAUCGCCAAGAUGAGCGGCAACUCCUCUAUGAAUAAGAAGAUCGAGAUAAUCAAAGGCCUGUUUGUGGCAUGUAGGCACUCUGAGGCAAGAUACAUCGUGAGGUCUUUGGCAGGAAAGCUGCGGAUCGGGCUGGCGGAGCAGAGCGUGCUGGCGGCUCUGGCCCAAGCCGUGUGUCUGACCCCCCCGGGCCAAGAAUUCCCGCCCCCGAUUGUCGACGCUGGGAAGGCGAUGACUCCCGAGAACAGACGGGCCUGGAUUGAGGAGAAGGCUCUUAUCGUCAAGCAGACGUACUGUGAGAUGCCCAACUAUGACGCCAUCAUCCCGGUGCUGCUGAAGGAGGGGAUUGACGAGCUGCCCAAACACUGCAAGCUCACACCAGGAGUUCCUCUAAGGCCCAUGUUGGCCCACCCAACAAAGGGCGUGUCGGAGGUCAUGAAGAAAUUCGACGAGGCCGCCUUCACGUGCGAAUACAAAUACGAUGGGGAGAGGGCACAGAUCCACAUCCUGGAGAAUGGGGAGGUCCACGUCUUCAGCCGUAACCAAGAGGACAACACCAGCAAAUACCCGGACAUCAUCGCCCGAGUACCCCAGGUGAAGAAGGCCUCGGUGCGGUCCUGCGUCCUGGACUCCGAGGCAGUGGCCUGGGACAGGGAGAAAAAACAAAUCCAGCCCUUCCAGGUUCUCACCACUCGGAAGAGAAAGGAUGUGGACGCUUCAGAGAUUAAAGUGCAGGUCUGCGUUUACGCCUUCGACCUGCUCUACCUAAACGGGGAGUCCCUGGUCAGGCAGCCGUUGUCGAGGCGACGGGCCCUGCUGAGGGAGAGCUUCGAGGAGCGCGAAGGAGAGUUUGUCUUCGCGCGCGCGCUCGACUGCGACAAUACGGACGCCAUCGCGGAGUUCCUCGAGCAGUCCGUGCGAGAUUCGUGCGAGGGCCUCAUGGUGAAGACCCUUGAGAAGGACGCCACCUAUGAGAUCGCCAAGCGCUCACACAACUGGCUGAAGCUGAAGAAGGACUACCUGGACGGUGUAGGAGACACGGUGGAUCUCUGCGUCAUCGGCGCCUACGUCGGAAAAGGCAAGCGGGCCGGCUCCUACGGAGGCUACCUGCUCGCCUGCUACGACGAGGACAACGAGGAGUUCCAGUCGGUUUGCAAGAUCGGAACGGGUUUUAAAGACGAGGACCUGGAACAGCAUUUUAACUUUUUUAAGGAACACGUUCUUCCGAAGCCCAGGCCGUACUACCGCGUCGACCAAUCAGCAGAGCCCGACCUGUGGCUGGAUGCGGUGCAGGUGUGGGAAGUCAAGUGUGCGGACCUGUCCCUGUCUCCUGUCCACAAGGCUGCCAUGGGAUUGGUGGAUCCAGACAAGGGGAUCUCCCUGCGCUUUCCUCGCUUCCUCAGAGUCCGGGAAGACAAAAAACCAGAAGAUUCCACCACCGGAGCACAGAUCGCUGACUUGUACAAGAAACAACAGCAGAUCCAGAACCAGGGGUCCGACAGGGCUGAGCCCGAGGACUACUAUUAACCCGGCGGCCCUGAUGGUCCCUGUGGCAUUUGGGGUCCGCCGCGUGGCCCCUGGAGGGGGGUCCGUGUCGUAGCGAGAAGUGACUCCUGAAAGGAACAUCUGUCUAGGAUUUAUUAAUGUUUGUGUGCGUCUGUGGGGAACGUGUGGUAUGAAAAUGCUCCGCAUGAGACCAAAAGCCCUGUAAAUAUCUAUUUUUUUCCAUUGUCAAAAUAACUUGAAUAAAUCUUUGAGAAGUA